AUCCCAAUAUAUCCAUCACAGCCGCACAUCUCGAGAAUGUAACGCCACGAAAUUAAUCUACACCUUUAGAUUAAAAUAUUAAUUAUUUAUUCCAUUAUUUCUGAAGUUAAUAAAAGCUUCCUUUUCCGCAAUUAGCUAACAUCAUUCGCCACACUAACACAUUAGAGAGACAAGACGCGCUUCAGUUCCGAAUCAAGCUAGAGAUUCUCCGAUGCCUUCAGCGACAAGAUGGUGGCCAAUCCACUUAACUUCAUCUGGAUCUGAGCCUGGUUACAGAAGCUGGCGCUGGCUGAGCUGGAGUCGACCGGAGCUGAGUUUCUUGUCCGUAAUGGUGGACGACGUUGUGUGGAAAGUAGUAAUGGCGUUCGAAUCGGUGGCUUUGGUCUCGAUGCUUGGUUUCUUCUUCCUCUUCUACGGCUGCACCGUCUGAUUUUGAAUUUCACUUAAGAUAUUUUUUUUGUUUACUGCUGGAGAGUUUUGUAUUUCUUUUAUUUGUUAUUAAUUUUUGCUUAUCCUUGUAAUUUUAUCUUCCACUGUAUGCUAGUUGGUUAUGCUACGGCGGAGAUACUGAUGCUGUGUUUCAAAGAAGCGCGUGAUUCCCACUCGCGUCUCGCUUUAGUUUGGUUUUCUUUUUUUUUGUAACUGUAGUUUGUUUUAGUUUUGGUUUCUCGUUCGCAAAUCGCAAUGAACGUAUCGUGUUAUGUUUUUGGUAGUUUAUAUUCAA